AUGAUAAUUUCUAAAUGCGACAUAGUUUCCCACAACUUAAUUAAUUAAGAAGGAUCUAAGUUAUUAGUUAACGAAAUUUCAUCUCUUAGAAUCAUGAAAUAAUUUAUUAACAAAGGACUUGCUCAAAGUUCAUAAGGAGAUAAAUGGAUAAUUAAUGACUUUCUUAAUGAAAAUGAUUUCGUAACUGAGCACGGGAUAUAUGAAAUAUAAGAACUUAAGAACAUAGGAACUAUCACCCUAUUAGGAUCAACUUGGAACUUAUCAAAAGUAAACAAACUUAUUACUUAGCCUGAUUUUAUCCCAAUUCAAUCAUUUAAACAAGAAGGAAAAAUAGAAUGUAGUGAUGAUAUAAUUAUUAAUGAUUAAACUAUUCCCAUGGAACUAAGGACAUUAAAAAACGUUAAAGAUUAUAGAUGGAGGGACUUAUGUAUAACCCCUGAGUAGAUAAAUAUAGCAAUUAAUAAUAUUGAAUACGGCGGCUCUUAUAUAAUUUAUGCCAAGAAAAUUGAAAUCCCUCAAGAAAUUAUCUUUGAAACACAGAAAUCUAUAGUUUUAGAAGUCCAAGAGUUAGCCAAUUAUGGUUAAUGGGUUCUUUUUAAGAAUUUGAAUUUGAGAUUAGUCAAGAUGAUUAAUGGGCUUGAUAAUAAUAGGUAGGCAACUUUGCAAGUCAAUGGAAAACUCACAAUAGAUGCUCAAACUAUUGAUAAUAGAUUUGGAGUAAUAGCUUCGAAUGACACUUUAUGUAUCAAAUCUGAAGAACUUUUAAAUGGAGCUCUCAUGCAUCAAUAGAGAGCACCAUUAUUCCCAAAUGGAAAUAUAAAUUCUUCCUACGGGGGUUCUCGCUAUUAAGAAAGUGCUUAUUAGCACUGUUAUCUUAACGGCUCUGGAAUUAUAAGUACUUCUGACCUUCAUAUAGAGUGCAAAUAAAUUAAAAAUGAAUACGGCGAAAUUAUGACUCAGGGUAACUUAACAAUUCAAGGUGACAUGCUCUAUAAUCUUUGUGGCAAUGUAUACAGCAGUAAAUCAAUAAAUGCAAAUGUGAAAGAAAUUAAACUCGACAGGGCUGGACAAAGAAUCUUUCCUGCAUAUGGUUUUGGUCAUUACCAUAACUUAAAAUAUAGACUUGAAUGCAGUGAUCCACCAACUUUAAGUUCUUUAGUUGGCAUUAAUCUAGUUUGUUAACAGCUUAUAAACAAUCUAGGAGUAAUAUCUGCAGGAUAAAAUAUUACGUUUAAUAAUAGAGAAUACUCAGGAAUUAAUUCAGGUGUAAUCAAUCAUUCAAGACUCUAAUGGUAUGAUGAAAAUAAUUAUGUGACUGGGGAAUAUCACUGUCAUGAUCAUCGAGUGCCUGCUACAAAUUCUGUAAUUAUAUCUGGAUCCAAAAUUUAAAUAGCUUCUUCUUUAUUUGAAUUUGAAGGAGGCACAGCAGCUGCUCCAGUUAUCAAAAUUAAGGCUCAAAAUAUCAUUGUAAAUCAAAACAAAUUUAACUCGCAUGCUGAUAGAGAUUAACAAAUAGUAAUAAACUUGUAUGAAGCAGCAAAAUCAAUGACUGGUGGCUUAAUUAAAGAAGAUCUCACUACAGGAGUCAUCUAAUGCCCUCAUAUUAAAAGCAAAAGCUCUCUCGAUUUAGACAAGCUGAAUAUUUAGACAUUAAGGAACGAGAAAGCCUUUAAAGAAGCAGUUGAACAGUACCCUCUUGAAAUGGUUCUAUAAAAAGUCUUGACAGGAAUGAAUUCUUUAAAUUAUGAAGGCUUAUCAGGCCAAGACCUUCCAGAGCAAAUGCAAAUUGCUUGGUUCUCACAGCACAUUCGUUCAACAUUGAAUUAAAGUUUGAUGGUUCCAUAUCUCGCUAUUCCGCAAAAGUUCUAGACUAAGUUUUAGUUUGGAAUCAUUGCAUCUAAAAGCUUGAAGGCUACAGCUGAAGAAAACGUUAUGCUGAAGAAUUCUAGGAUCAUUCUUGAAAAGAGAGAUACAGCACUAAGUAAUAACGUACAAGAUAGAAAAGAAAUUAAACUGCAAAUAAGGGCAGGAAAGUAUUUAGUUAGAUAAUCUGAGAAAUAUAAUGCUAAAUAUUAUACUCCAGACACUAUUGAAGAAGUCAUAGCCUGCCAAAAUACAAUCUUACUUGAGCAUGGAAACGGUUAUCUUGAAGGCAAAGAAGGAAUUUUUUAAAAGGCAACUUUGACCUAAGCAAAUGAAGGUUCUCUGCACUUUAAGUCCUAAAAUGGAGGUAUAACAAGUAUCCCAGAAUCUCUUGACUAUAGACACAUUUCUUCACAUAAAAAGUCUAGUGGACUCUUUGGCUCAAAAAAUUUAGCGAAAAUUGAAUUCUAAAGAAGAUAUAAGAGAGAUGAAAUAAAAGCUAAUUUACAAAUCACUUUAAAUUCUGCUGGAACCUAGAGUUUUGAAGCUCCUUUCAUUGAGGCUGUUGGCAAGGUCAGCUUUAAAGGUUAAUCGAGGUCACUCGGCCCUAUCUGUAUUUCAAAAAAGGAUGAUAUCGAAAUGAUUUUUGACUCUAUAAAGCUCGUAAAUCCUAAAAUUCAAGGUGAAUAAAUAGUAAUGGAUGCUAAAGAAGGCGUUGAAAUAUUAUAGGGCAGAAACUACAAUUGGAGCAAUUACCAAAGCUUCAUGAUUAAUGCUUUUUAAGUUCGAUCAUUCCGAAGUUCUGAGUCUCAUUUAACUUACUCAGCUCCUUAAAUCAAUGGGAAUAUUUUAUCUGAAAGCCAGUUUAAAAUAUAAAUCAUAAAGAACCUAGAAAGAUAGCUGCCUUUCUUGAAGCAGCUAAAAGACGAGCAAAUUGAAAAGAUAUUUAUUGAGGAGGAACAUAAUUAUGAACAAAGUCUACAUACCUCAUUAGGUCCUGGUGUUGUUGCUAUCGGAAUGCUUGCAAGUUCUCUAUUUUUGGCACCUUUUUUCGACACUUUUGCUGGAUCAUUGCUUAACACAAAAUACUAUUUAAACAAUAGUCUAAAAUAUUUUGAUUUUAUGAAAAUAUCCUUAGUUGAAACGACUAUUAGCUCAGCUGUUAAUUUAGCUAAGGGCUAGGAUAUUGAACACGUACUAAAGGAUGGAGUCUUGCAAUUUUUAGCAUCUGUAGCUAGCUCCCAAUUGACAUCCUAAAUAGGCAAACAAUAUUCAGACAACAAAAUUGAUUACUUCCAACACAAAGCCUUGCAUGGCUUUGUGGGCUUAGGAGUAGGUGCUAUUCUUAAUCCUAAGAAUCCCGUGUAAGGAGCUCUUUCUGGACUUGUAGGAGCAGUGUCGGCUGAAAUAUUCUCCGAAGCAAUUAAAGACUUCGAGUUAAGUGAAAUUGAUGAUUUUGAUGAAAUGUAUUACUAAAAAAUUUAAGCUAUCGCUGAAAAAUCUCAGACAUACGGAGUUUUCCUUGGCGCACUUUCUACUUUAUUUCUUGGUAUGGAUGUUGACAUUGGAGCUUACUAAGCUUAGAAAGCUGUUGAAAAUAAUUUUCUUCAUACCUUGAUUGCUGUUGCUAGUAAAAUAAUGCUUAUUUAUAACUCUGCAGUUUUUGCUCAGACACUUUAUGAAUCAUACAAAGAAAAUGGGUUAAUAGGGGCUAUGAGAGUUAUUGGAAUUGAAAUUGUUUAAAAUGCGAUAGGAAGGUUUGUUAUGCGACCUAUCAAUGCUUUAGGCAAGCAGUUAUUUAGAAUACUAAAAUUUCAAAAGAUCUUAAACAACUUAAAAGAAGAUCUUUUUUAUUUGCUAAGCAAAUCUAAAUUUGGAACUUAUUUUAUGAAAAAGAUUUAAGGAGCUAUGCAGUAUGCCACAUAAAAGGCUGACCAAAAUUUAUUGAAAAAUGGCUAAUAGAAAAAUAACAAAAGAAAUUAUUAAUAUGAAGAAGAAAAAAAAAUACUGUCAGAAAAAAGAAGAGACAUUAAAGCUAAAAAUAAAACUUAAGCUUGGAGAGAAAAUUAGCAAUAAUAAUUUGAUAAUUUGGACAAUGUAGAAAAAUAAAAAGAAGAAUUUAGCAGACUUGCUGAAAACAACCCUUUUAUGCAUGCGCUUUCGCUUCAAAGCAUUUAUCCUGGUGCUAUUAUUAAAAGUAAUAUUCCUUCUAUGGGAUUUGAUAAAAAAAGAGCUGCUCCUAAUAUUCACUAGCAAAACAGCUCAUUAACAAAAAUAAUAGCUGGGAAGCAGGUCACAAUGAGAUUUGAUAAAUAUGCAAAUCCUAGAAUGGAUGAACACAGCUUUAUAUACUAACCUAUUACUAAGCAUGAACAUUAAUAAAUGGCUUAAAAUAUUCUAAACAAUUCAAAAUUGAAAACUUAAUAUUAAAGAAUUGAAAGACUUAAAACACUAGAAAUAAAAGAAGUAAACGAUAAAACUAUAUUGCUAUUUACAAAAGACCCUCAAAAUUAUAGUUAUUUACAAAAGUUUUAUAAUGAAAGAUGGAAUGAAAAAACAUAAAGCACUAAAUAUAUCUUACAAAAAGGGUUUACUUGGCAUCACGAUUUUUAAACAAAUGGACUCUAUCUUGUUCCAACAGAUAUUCAUAAGGGGUUUGGUCAUAAAGCUAUAAAUCAGAGACCAAUGCUUGAUAUUCUUAAACUAUUGGAAUGA